AUGGGGGCAUUGUUGCUGAGGAUUUCUAUCGAUAUCGUCGGACGCAGUGUCGCUGAUUAUUAUAACAAAAGUUUUGUCAGAUUUAUACUCAUGAACCUUAUACAGCUAAAGCCUAAAGGAUUCUUGCGUUUGCGAACGAGAUCGCGUUCUGCAGUUGCGACGUUUGUAAUUUUUCAAGAAAGAAUUAGAAUGGUACCAUUAAGCAAAAGCAAUACGAAAUAA